AUGCCAGAUCCUCAGUAUAACGCCAUUGAGGACUAUGGUCUGAUUGGAGAUAUGCAUACGUGUGCCCUCAUCAGCAAGGCUGGUAGCUUGGAUUAUAUGUGUUGGCCGGUCUUCGACUCUCCCUCGGUAUUCUGUCGUCUGUUAGAUGACAAGAUCGGUGGAUUUUGGUCGGUGGCGCCUUACAAAACCGUCGUCGACCCUCAUAGCAAACAGCGAUACCUGCCAUAUUCAAAUCUGCUUGAAACUCGCUGGACCAAUGAAGACGGUGUCGUCAUAAUGCUGGACUACUUCCCCGUCACGCCCAAGAAGAGCUCCCAGUCGGGCCGUCUGCUCUCGGGUUACUGUCCAUGCAAUGAACCCGGAGCUAAUCGUUUCAAAUCUGGACUGCAGCAUUCGGGUCUCAUCAGGAAAUUAGAAUGCAGUCGUGGCUCAAUGGAAUUAAAAUUUGAGCUGUUCCCCGCUUUUAACUAUGCCAGGGACAAUCACAAUACCCGUGCAAAAUUGGAGAACGAUAUGUCCAAGCACCGACUUCAGACUGUCCACUUUGAGAGUGAUACAGAGCGACUACAACUUGAGAUCUUCGCCGACUCACGAGAACCUGAAAAGAAAGGAUUUCCCGAGGCCAGAUUCACCUUGGAAGAACGCGGGGGGAUGAAAGGCAAGGGUAUGGUUGCCUGGAUUCGUCUCUCCGAGGGACAAACGGUACACCUUGUGCUGCACAGUCCCGAAAAGGCUGUCCCGAGCCCUGCAACAAUGGCUGCCUACUUUGCUAGAAUGGAGGAGGAGACCUCCGAUUACUGGACGGAUUGGACCCGCAAAUGCGCAUUUCGAGGACACUACCGCGAAACCGUUGAGCGCAGCCUGCUCAUCUUGAAGCUGCUUACCUACAAACCCACCGGUGCAAUCGUCGCAGCGCCCACCUUCUCGCUCCCCGAAAAUGUGGGUGGCUCACGUAAUUGGGACUAUCGGUACUCAUGGGUGCGUGACACGGCUUUCACACUUUACGUCUUCCUCAAAAUGGGAUACAGCCGCGAGGCGGAAGCCUACGUCAACUUUAUCUUCGACCGGAUCUUCCCGCAUGCCGCCAAGGAAAUGGAAGCAGGUAGCAAACGGCCUUUCCUCCCACUAAUGUUUACCAUCCGUGGCGAGUGUGACAUUCCCGAAGUGGAGCUGGAUCACCUCGAUGGAUACAAGGGUAGCAAGCCUGUGCGAAUCGGAAACGCAGCCGUCUUCCACACGCAGCUGGACAUCUAUGGCGAACUGCUCGACAGCAUCUACCUUUAUAACAAACAUGGAAAUCCUAUCACCUACGACCAGUGGGGUUCGAUCCGCCGCAUGGUGAAUUAUGUCGUUGGCGUGCGUGGCCAGAAGGACAUGUCCAUUUGGGAGUCUCGUGGCCAGAUCCAAAACUUUAUUUAUUCCAAAGUGAUGUUGUGGGUGGCUCUGGACCGUGGCAUUCGCCUUGCAGAGAAACGAACCAGCCUGCCCUGCCCUGAUCGCUUCAAGUGGAUCCAGGUACGCGAUGAGCUGUACGAUGAGAUCAUGGAAAAGGGGUACAACAAGGAACGUGGUCAUUUCUGUCAAAGCUAUGAGAGCCCUGAGGUUCUAGAUGCGUCGAUUCUGAUCGCUCCCCUUGUAUUCUUUGUCGCACCGAAUGAUCCCCGCUUCAUCAGCACUCUGAAGAUGAUCCUGAAGAGUCCCGAGAAAGAGGGACUCUCCAGCGCCAAGAUGGUUUUCCGAUACGACCAUGUGAAAGCAAAUGACGGUGUGGGUGGAGGCGAGGGUGCCUUUAUCAUGGUUACUUUCUGGCUCGUUGAGGCCAUGGCACGGGCUGCUGCUUUCGAUGUCCCCAUUCCGCACAUCUGGAAACUCGCACUCUCCCACUUUGACAAUAUUUUGUCAUACUCUAAUCACCUCGGGAUGUUCUCUGAAGAAGUGGCUAUUUCGGGUGAGCAGAUGGGAAAUACACCCCAGGCUUUCAGCCAUCUGGCUUGUAUAAGCGCGGCUAUCAACUUGGAGAAACUUGGUCAUUCGGGUCUGUUCCCCCUCAUGGCGGGCGCUUGCACGAAUUGGGCCGAUCGGCCAGCUUCCGAUCAGGCAUUAUCUUCAGACGAAGAGGGGGAAGAGGACUUUGUCUCGAGUCACAGUACUGCCUCACUGGAUCCGGAUGAUCGCUUUGAGAGAAAUCAUCUUUCCACCACCCUGAGCAAGGCUCAUUUGCACCAGACCGCGUCGAAUCAUAGCUCCGAGGACUGCUGGAUCUUCCCCUUUGAUAUCCUCAAGGAUAUCGUGAAGGAGAUUACGCACACGAACGACCUCACUUCACUCGCCUUGACAUGCUCUGCCUUGCAUGGGCUCACCAUCCCGCAUAUGUACUCACGCUUCGACAUCGUCUGGCCGGAGUCGUUAAACCCUUCAAGCGACGAUUAUUCUGGCGUGGACGCCCUAUCAUACGGUCUCUCCACUUUGGUUAUGGGCGAAGAUGUCUUCAACCAGCUCCCAUCUCGACACGACAGGUUGACCCAAGCUUGUUCGAGCUGCGGCUGUUCCGACCGCGUUCACCAGCAGCGAGAGACAAGCGAGGGGCCUCCCUCGCGUCGCGGAAAUUAUUACGCGCAGUACACGCGGACAUUUUCGAUCGGCAAUGGUCCGCUGAGCUGGGUCCAAGAAUAUUCGGUCAACAGAGAGGUGGGGAAGAUGCUCGGGACGCUGGUCGCUCUAGCCGUCGCACGAAUGGUCAACCUUGAGACAUUCAUCUGGGAUAUGCCGACGGGUGUGGUUCGUGAGAUUUGGUUGGCGCUUGCUUCGCUGGCGGAUAGGUUGGGUGACGAAUGUCGCUUGGAGAAGGUUUGGGUGCGCUGGCAUGACAAUUCGGAGAAUGUCCUUCGGAUUGCACCGGCUUCUGAGGCUGCCACCCAUCUGUUCAAGAGAUACAAGCACGUGGAACAUCCCUCGCUUUCUGUCUUGCCGGCUUUGAAGAGCGUGGCCGUGCUAGAUAUUGAUGAGCCGGCUUAUGUGGAGGAACUGGCAGUUUUGAUUGAGCGGUCUCGUCAUCGUCUUGUUGAGUUGAGAAUUGGAGUCUCUUUGAAGGCACAUCUUUCCGAUUGGCUUGUCUGUGCCAAAGACUCAGAUGCCGCUGAUGCUGUACUCAGUUGGCCAAGAUACGGUGGACUGUUGAGUAUUCUUUCCAAAGAUAGCUCAAGGCUGCGUGAGGAAAAGGCGGUCCUUUCUUCAACCUCCGAUCUGCAGGUCGCUUCGGAACUCCCCAGCAAACCGACGGAGAAAUAUAAGGAUGAAGUAUCCCAGCAUGAUGAAAGCAACCGUCGAGAAACCGAGAAAGGCACCACAGUGGCCAACAAAGAAAUCAAUAAUUCACACCCGAUAGCCUCUCAUGCCGCUCCCACCAAGCCACAUCCGCUCAUGUCAGCUCUCCAGGCCAGUGGGGAUCAGCUACAGCUGGAACUGCUUGAGCUAGAACGAAUACCUCUUUCGAUUUCAACCCUCCUCCCAACCAUUGAUUGGACUCGUCUAACAACACUCACCCUAAUGCGAUGCGAUGACCAUGAACAUCUAUGGAGAGCUCUGCGUCGUAAAUAUGCACCUCCAGCAACACCCCCGAAAAGACUAGCGAAUGGGAAUUGGGGCCGAGGGAGCGUCAGCGCGGUCGAUUAUUCGCUCAAUAUCAAACAUUUGCGAACAGAUAAUGUUUCAUCGUUCCUGAUGCUUUUCAUUAAGGAUGCUCUCGCUCCCAAUACCUUGGAAAGCGUUUUCUUGCACGAAUCACCUGGACACGAGUCGAACGUACAAAUCGACGCCAUUUACCGACACAUCCUGCGAAAGCAUCGAUUGAGCCUGCGCAAGGUUUUGAUUGAUGCCUCGGAACGACAUGAUGGCACAGAUAACUUGAGCCACAAAUGGCAUAAGUGGGUGUUCAACCACGAAAUCAUUUCUUUCGUCACAAGUGGGAAAAUUCCUCAACUAAGAGAGUUGGGAAUGGCAAUGAAUUAUCGGGACUGGCACUAUUUCCUCCAGCGGCUCCCGAACAUGCCCCAGCUCCGCGCGCUAUACCUCCCCCAUAUCAGCCACUGUGCCAAAGUUGACCUCAAGGAACUCGCUCUCCAAGUUCUCGACAUAGUCAGCAUUCGCCCUGAGCUCAAGAUGACCUACAUCGGCCUCCAAAUGAAAUGUUACCAGAUUCAAGAAGGAGCUGGCGACGGGAAAGACUUGGACUUCGACGACCAAACCGUCAAUGACAUCUCCAUCGCAGGAGAUGACAAUCUCUCUGAAAUCGAUGCAAUGUCAAUUCAAGAAGAUGACCAUGAUAUUCCCCCUUAUACGGAUGGCGGGUCCGACCUUCUCUCCAGUGAUCUGGACGAUGAUGAUGAUGAUGACGAUGAACCGGAUGAUGACAGCGCUGGGCGCGUCCAGUUUCGGCUGCAAGAGAUCCUCUUUUAUGAUGACAAGAUAUCCAUCUUCAAGGCACGGCAUGGGGUGCUUUGA